UGAAGAGUUUGUUUGUUUGUUUGCUUGAACGCGCUAAUCUCAGGAACUACUGGUCUGAUUUGAAAAAUCCUUUCAGUAUUAGACGGCCCAUUUAUCGAGGAAGGCUAUAGGCUACUUUUUAACUGGAUUCGCGCAGAGGUUCCCGCGGGAUGCGGGUGAAACCGCUGGCAGAAGCUAGAUAUUAAAUAUGUAUCUAAAAAUAUUAAGUAGGUAUGUCGGUACGAUACUUACCAAUGACUCAUCUGUCAAAAGCCAUCUACACACUCGCGCGCGAAUCACGGCGCCAAUCGCGACGCGAAUCGCGGCGCGAAUUGGAGCAAGAACUGCCAACUGUCCACACUGGCAGAGGUUCGCGCCGGGCUCUCAGUAUAGUUCGCGCACUUGACGCGUAUGCACGCCAAGCAUUUAAUCAAUAUAGUUUAUUUGUAGUCGGUAUGGACAGUGAAACCACUACAGCAGCUGCGGGGCUACUUUGCGCUUUAGCAAUUUAUAGUUACGCCAUAAAGAAAAAACAAACAAUUCAAAAGAAGCAAAGAAAACGGAGAUGGUGGAUUACCACCAUUCACCGAAACAGAACCAGUGCAACCAUGGAGGAGCAGUUGAAUGAACUAGUUGCAGAACCUACAGAUGAAUUCAAAAAGUUUUCCCGGAUGUCAUUAAAUGAUUUUGAAUAUUUGCUUAGUCAAAUUUCAACACGAAUUUCAAAACAAGACACCCAAUUACGAAAAGCUAUUCCUGCCCAGAUACGUCUCGCUAUAACACUGAGAUACUUAGCAACAGGAGAUGACUUUGAAAGCCUUCAUUUUUUGUUCAAAGUUUCACCACAAAUAAUAUCAAAAAUUAUACCCGAAGUUUGCCAUGCCCUAUGUGAAGUGUUAGAGGAUGAAAUAAAAAUACCAUCUUGUCCAGAAGAGUGGCUGCGUAUUGAAAGAGGAUUUGCAAGGAAGUUUCCUCGAGCGGUUGGAUCUAUUGACGGCAAACAUAUUGUUCUCGACUGUCCAUUCAAUUCUGGUUCUGUAUACUAUAAUUAUAAAAGAACCUACAGUAUAGUAUUACUAGCAUUAGUUGAUAGUCAAUACAAUUUCAUGUUUGCUGACAUUGGUUGCCAAGGCAGAAUAAGUGACGGUGGAGUUUUUACAAAUAGUAUUUUAUGGAACAAGAUGUGUACAAACAGCUUAAAUUUACCACCACCGCAUCCAUUACCAGGUUCGAACAUUGAUGUGCCCUACGUUUUUUUGGGGGAUGGAGCCUUUGCACUGUCAGAACAUUUAAUGAAGCCCUAUCCUGAUCAGCACAACAUAGGAUCUGCAAAACGUGAAUUCAACAAAAGAUUAUCUUCAGCUCGGGUAGUGGUAGAAAAUACUUUUGGUAUAUUGGCGGCCAGAUUUAGAGUGUUUAGAAAACCAAUCCCAUUACAACCACAAAAGGCUCGCCUUAUAACAUAUACUUGUAUACUACUACAUAACUUCUUGAGACGAAGUUCUACUUCUUUACAUAUCUAUACACCACCCGGAUCUAUUGAUAUGUUUGAUGAUGAUGGAGUACUUAUACAACCUGGAUCAUGGAGGACAGAUCAAGAAAAUACAUCCGCUUUUCGUAACUUGAGAAGAGUACCUCGGCGAUCAGCAAAUAACGCCACAGAAAUAAGAAACGAAUUCACAAAAUAUUUAAGUAAUAUUUAAGUACCUAACUAUUAAAAAAUAAAGUUAUCUACUAACCGUA